UGCCAAGAUUGCCAAGCCGACACUUUCCCGCCAAUAAUUGUAAGGGAGACUUCUCAAGUACAGUGUCAGUAAAUUAACGAUGGAGACGUGCACGUUUUUGGGCGCCAAGUUAUCCCGGAACAUAUAAGAAACGUCAAAAAAAAGAGUAGUAGUAAUAGAUCAGUAGAAUUAAUCAAUCGUCUAUGCUGUUUAUUGCCAUUUAUUUCGCCCGGCUAUUGUUUUGUUCUGCUAAACUUUAUUGUAGCUUCUCAGCUUUAGGUACAACGUAGUAAUAACUUCUUUUCAAAGUGAACCACGAUUGUUGCGAACUCGGAAACUCUUUUAAUUAUCAAUAUGUUGAGCGUGGCCCAAGCAGUACGACAUUCAGAAACACCGGGAUCAGCGUCUCAACAUUCGAUGUUGGGGCGAUCUUGGUCUUCGGACAGAUCCAAUUUGCUCAAGCGUAGGAAGACAGACUCAGAUUGUUAUGUUGAUGAGAAAAAGCUGAACGAUAAUUCUGUAGAUAUUUUGAGUCAACAUCUUAUAUUUAAUAGUGCUGAAAUAACAUUGACUCCUAUUCCUAAAAAUAGUCCAAACAUUAAAGAUCUUCUUCACAGAAAAAUAAAAACAGGAUCAGAGAUUGAAAAGGAACAAGGCGUUAUUGACAAUCAAGUUCAGGAGGAAAAGAGUAGUAAUAGAAUAUUAUCAAAAGUACCACCACAGUAUCGAUCCAUUUUAGAAAAUAACGAAGAAAUUCAAUUAACAACUCUCGGUUCUAAUGAACAUGUACAAUUUAAAAAUCAAAAGAAAACCACCAGCUAUCACGUUGAAAACAAUCAACUGCUAGACUCUGAUAAAGUUAAUAAAUAUAAAAUUGUAGAGCAAGAUGAAAGGAGCAUGCUUAAUACUAAUAUUAACUUUUCUGAAGUAACAAUUAAACAUCCUUUUAAUAAAUCAGAACAUAAUGGUUCUUCAAUGCCUAAUAGUCCAAAAAUUAGUACUAGAUCACAAACUAAACUUGAUCGGGCUAGAGAUUUCUUGAAGAAAAAGGAAGUCUUUCAAAAUCAAAGGCCAGAAGCAAAUUUAAAUGCAACUAGUAAUACCUUCAAUCCUGAUGUGAAAUACAAUCAAAUAAAAUCUCAUAAUAAUUUUAGUGUUAAUAAAUGCAAAAGAGUCAAUUCACCAAUUGUUGUUGAAGAACUAGAUGAAGCAUCUCAAGAUUUUACAGAUUAUGAACCUUUCAAUAUUGGUAUUCCUUGUGAAACAUAUUAUCCAAAUAUUAAAGAACGGCCUCAUUAUACAACAGGAUUUCCAAACCCAGCUGGUGAAAAUAGAUGUUGGACUAAUGCUACAUUACAGGCAUUAUUUGCAUUGCCUAUACUUGAUAAAUUAGAUUCAUUAUAUUUUUCUGAAUGUUCAAAACUAAUGUCAUCACUUAUAAAUAUACAAAAAUUAUGGAGAAAAGGAAUCACGAAUCGUACUUUUGACAAUGUCUUUAAUACUUUCAAGGAAGAAUUGUCAUCAUUGGAUGAACUAUAUUCCUCUAGAGCCCAGCAAGAUGUUUCUGAAUUCGUUAUGAAUUUAUUGAAUUUCAUAGGAAGUGAAUUUGAAGCUGCAAUUAAAAAGAAUUCUCACCAAAAUGAAAUUGAAAAUAUACCCAAUAAUGAACAAGAUUCAACAUCAAAAUUGCAAAGUAUUUAUGACAUAAAUAAGAGAUUACCUUUAUCUGAUAUCUCUGCUGUUGCAGGACAAGUCAAAAGCAAUUGUAUUACAGUAUCUAAUAAUAACCAAGAAAAUAUCUUUGAAGUGAAACAUAAUGUGGAAAUAAAAAGUAUCAACCAAAAUGAAGUAGAAAAAUGUCGUAAUCCUAUCAAUGAAUAUUUCUCAUCAUACAUGAUGGAAAAAUACGUUUGCGAUUGUUGCUUGAAACAGCGAUCGCAAAAAGUUGAGAAUUUAAUGUUGUUCAUUGAUUUACCUUCUGAAGACUAUAGCGAUUCUGUUAAUUUGAUAGAUAUGAUAAAUAAAACUUUUGCCAAAGAGCAAAGGAGCAUGACGUGCGAAUCGUGUAGACAUGACGCACAUACUAUGGAAAGCAAAUUUAAGAAGCUUCCUAAAAUUCUUAUACUACAAGUAAAACGAUAUGAAAUGACAAGUGAAGGAAUAUUGAUGAAAAAAUCUACUUGUGUUCAUAUUCCAAGGCUUCUCAAAUUGGACUCUCUUGUUAUUAAUAAUUGUCAAGAUGUUGAAUACAGUCCAGAAUUUGAGCCUGUUGGUAUAAUUUCACAUAUUGGGGACAGUAUUAAUUCUGGACAUUACAUAAGUUUUGUUAAACAUCAUGAGCAAUGGUUUUAUUACGAUGAUAUGAAUGUCUCUAUAUUAUCUGCAGAUGAAGUUUUCAAAAACAUUCAAAAUAAUGCUUAUGUAAUUUUUUUUCAAGAUACUAAACUAAACCGACCUAUAGAUUUAAUUGACGAGCAGAUCGAAAAAAAUAAUGUUUGUUAACGUGUAAUAUAAUAACAUUGAUUUUACAUUUGCUAUUUAAUUCUUGUGCAUAAAAUUUCACUAUUAUAGAAAAACGACUACAGUUAUAAGUUAUGUCUAUAUGACGCAGUUCAUUGAACUGAAAAUAACAAAAAAAAAAUUAGAGGAUUAUUUUAUUUAUUAAAAUAUUUUUAUGCCUGUACAAAGUUGAAUUUAAAUUUAUCGUCAAUCUAAUCGUCCUACAUUUAAGAAAACUUGAUUUCUCUUAUGGUUGCUUUCAACAAAAAAGGACUUUUUCUCUGUUGUAUAAUAUCUAUAUUAUAGGCCUUACAAGAAAAUAUUUUUAUAUGUGAUUUUAUACGAGUGACCUUAUAAUGUGCAAAGUAUAUAUUACCAAUCGUUUAAGUGUUAUAAAAAAAGAAGUAUAGUCAAUCAAGGAACAUUAACGUUCCAUUUUCAAUGCGUUUCAUGCAGGAUCAAUAUUUAUCCAUGUGAGAUAAAUCAAAGUGCAACAUUUUUUGUAUUAGACUUUGUAUUUUUUUUUUGGUGUA